AUGGCUGACUCCCAGUUAAGCAAGGUCCAAUAUAAACGGCUAUCGUUGCAAAAUGUAAUAGAGAUUCAAGACUUUAUUGGGGCCUAUUACUCACCGAAUGAAGAGAUGCGAAAAGUAUUAAACGUGCCGAUAGAAGAUGUUAUUCCUGUAGAUAAGUAUCGCACCAAAAAACAUCUGGAACAAAAUUUCUCAAUUGGUGCUUUCGAUUCGGAUAAAUUGGUUGGAGUUAUACUAAACGAGGUUGUGGAAAAACCAACAGAAGAAACAGCCACUGAGGAAGACCCAGAGAAAACACGUUUAGCUGCUAAAUAUACAUGGUCUGCGCCUAUUUUAAGGCUAGUAGCUGAAAUAGAAGAAGACCCAUUAAAAGAGCUUGCUGCUAACAAACUGUUUAUGAUGAAUAUGAUCACUGUACAUACUAAUUACACAAAACGUGGACUGGCAUCUGAGUUAAUGCGAAGAGCUGAAUUAUUGGCGAUAAAUCAGAAAUGUGAUUGUCUUGUCACAACACCUUCAUCGGGGUAUACUUUAAAAGCAGUGAAAAAACUUGGUAUGAUCGUACACAAAAGUAUAGAUAUUACCACUUAUGUCGAUAAAGUUACUGAUACUCAGCCGUUCAAGAACAUAUCUCCGCCACAUAACAUAUUUGCUUUGUGCUAUAAAACUCUGAAGUUUGAUUAG